UUCAGUGAUUCCUGUGCAGCACAGACGCUCAGAUUUAAUGAUGGCUGUGGUGGAGACACUUCUGCAGUUUGCCAGCAUUGGUACAUUACUGGCUGCCUUGCUUGUGUUUUUGGUUUUAUAUGUGCUUUCAUCCAACUCCAAAUCUCACAAAGAAGGAAAAGAUCCACCAGGACCCAAACCACUUCCACUGCUGGGAAACCUGCUGACGCUGGACCUGAAAAGACCUUUUGAUACUCUCUGUGAGCUUUCCAAAACAUAUGGAAACGUAUUCCAAGUGUUUUUUGGUCCCAAAAAAGUUGUGGUCUUGACCGGAUACAAAACGGUCAAAGAUGCGCUCGUGAACCGAGCAGAAGAGUUUGGAGAUCGAGACGUUCAACCUGGUUUCAAACUACUUGGUAAAAAAAAUCAUGGGAUCAUCUCUGCCAAUGGAGAGAGCUGGAAAGAGAUGAGACGCUUCGCUCUGACUAACCUGCGUGACUUUGGGAUGGGCAAGAGACGAAGUGAAGACAAAAUCGUGGAGGAAAUUCAGUAUCUGAAAGAAGAGUUUGAGAAGUUUCAAGGAAAAGCAUUCGAUACUACUCGACCCGUGAACUACGCUGUAUCAAACAUCAUCUCAUCUAUUGUGUAUGCCAGCAGAUUUGAAUACACAGAUCCUCGCUUCACAGCAAUGGUUGACAGGGCAAAUGAAAACGUUCGGAUUAGUGGAUCUGUUUCUAUGCGGCUGUAUAACACAUUUCCAUGGCUGGGUCCAUUCCUGAACACCAAAAAGGCUAUGGUGAAAAAUGCUCAAAAAAACAUAGAAUCAAUAACACAGUUGAUCUCUGAGCUGUUAGAAACCCUGAAUCCACAGGACAGCAGAGGAUUUGUUGACUCCUUUCUCAUCCGAAAACUGAGUGAUGAGAAAUCCAACAAGAAGGACUCAUAUUUUCACCAGGACAAUCUUCUCAGGUCUGUGGUAAAUCUUUUUGUUGCUGGUACAGACACUACAGGAACAACAUUGCGCUGGGGUCUGAUGAUUAUGGCCAAAUACCCUCAUAUCCAAGAUCGAGUUCAAGAGGAGAUUGACAGAGUGAUCGGUGGACGUCAGCCAAUGGUGGACGACAGAAAUAAUUUACCUUACACAGAUGCUGUGAUCCAUGAAGUACAGAGACUGGCCAACAUUGUGCCCAUGAAUCUACCACAUAUGACCAGCUGUGAUGUGAACUUUAAUGGAUAUUUCAUCAAGAAGGGUACCACUGUAAUUCCUCUGUUGACGUCUGUAUUAAGGGAUGAAAGUGUUUGGAAGAAACCACACAGCUUUUAUCCAGAACACUUUCUUGAUGAGAAGGGCCAGUUUGUUAAGAACGACGCUUUCAUGCCCUUUUCUGCAGGCCGCAGGAUUUGUCUAGGAGAGAGUUUGGCAAGGAUGGAGCUCUUUCUUUUCUUCACCUCCCUUCUUCAGAUCUUCCGCUUCACUCCUCCACCAGGAGUGUCUGGAGAUGAACUGGAUCUCAAGGGAAUCGUUGGAAUCACAUUGAAUCCAUCACCACACAAACUUUGUGCCAUCAAGCGAUCCUGAAAAUCCAUCCACAUAGGGAUAAACAGAUUUAAGCACCAAUUUUACAAGGUUCCGGUUUGAUGACGCAGGACGCACAGCCGAAAUAGCACGUCGGACUCAAAAAGAACAGAACGAAGUUUGUCGAUGAUUGCCGAGGCGAGGAUUGCUGACGAUUCUAACGGAUGAGUUGCUGACACAGCGUGUGUAUCACCGAGGAUUUGCAUGAGCCUGAUGCGCGAAAGUUUAUUGUUUUAUUAGUUUCUUGAUAUGCUUGUUUUAUUAAAAAGCUUUAGUUUUAGUACGAUUUAUUGUGCAUGCAAAUCAUAUUUUAGUUGUUAAAGGAAAACCAAUUAGUUUAAAAGACAAAGCUUAUUUAUUCUUUAUACUUAGGAUAUGUAGAACACAUCCGCAAAUGUGCAUCAGUGCCUUUUAGGAAUCUGAUCCAAGUUGUAGGCUAGUCAAAACUGGUCAGUUGUAUCUGGCAUUUACGAUCUUUGAUUGAAACUGUGACCACAAACAUUACUAACUUGUGAAUGAAAGGCAAUAAAUCAGAUAUGCCUUCACAAAAACAACUUUUUAUUUGAAUGUUUUAAUGUGUUGACACAAACAACUUUAUUUGAAUGUUUCAUUGAUACAAGUAGUUAGAAAAUAAAUGCGUAGUGAUGUCAUUUCUUGAUGAUGUCAGGAACCUGUGAAUCGGCUUUUUGGACCAGUUCAAUGAGCCAAACUGUCCGAAAAGAGCCGGCUCGAAUUGAAUAUACACAGAAAAGGAAGGUAAUGUUGAAGUAGAGUGUGUGUCCGUAGUCCAGUUGGGGAGAGGGUGCCACCUGGUGGUGGGAUGAAUGGUACACUUUGAUUCAUUACAGAAAUGAAUUAUACACAAGUGAAAUGGGCAGGAUAACCCACUAGAAAAUGUAUUGUUGAGCUGUUGGGUGUCAGAAUAGAAAAAAAGAUGACCUUCAAACAAACCUGAAGCAUCUUAAACAGGUCUAGGCAUAGUCAUUUGUAUAUAAACAUAAUAGUUUUAUAAUAGUUUAAGAAUUAACAUGGAAAAUAGAAAAAAUUUGAAAUAUUUA